UUUUUAGAUAACCGCGAUCAGCUUAGUCAGGCGAGUUUGAUUUGGUUAGGAUUCGAGGGUGUGAGAGGCGAAGACCUGACGUGUCAACGGAUAUUUCCAAGUGGAAUAAUUGUCACAAUUAUGUGAAAACACGAGGUGCUUGCGAAAAAAAGCACCCAACAUCAACAAACGUCUGUUCACAUUUGCUCUUUGAGGCUCGAUCGAAAUGGCCGAUAACGAAGAGGACAGUCUGCCGGCAGUCGAGGUACCGGAGAGCGGGGAUCUCGCAGGAGACGCACCAAGCGAGAGCGAUGCUCUGCAUAGUCUGGAACCGGUUUCUUCGGACACAAAUUUAGGACCGAGCGAUCAGUCCCAAACAGUGGCGAACAAGGAUUUGGCUAAAAUUGACGUCUACUUGAAGGCGACAGGCAACGCGCCGAUCAUGAAGAGAAAGAAAUGGACCGUCAGUCAGGAUCAGCACAUCGGCUGGAUAGCAGAGUUCAUUAAAAAAUACCUGAAACUCGACCCGAACGAGAGAUUGUUCCUGUACAUUAAUCAAACGUUCGCACCAGCACCAGACCAGACUGUAAAAAAUCUGUACGAUUGCUACGGUAUCGAUGGAAAGUUAGUAAUUCAUUACUGCAAAUCUCACGCCUGGGGAUGAACUUUGUUCUGAGCAUUUCUAAGAAGAAGCUAACAUCGAAAUGAUGGGACUUUUGAGUAGCAGCCAACCAUCACCGGAGUUCUGACUGGCUCCAUGAACUCCAUAUUAUGAUAAAAGUUUAGCCUGGGUGAGAAAGAAGAAAG